CGUCCUUUUCCUAUUUACAACAUGUCUUCAACUUCACCGGAUAAUACAAACCCGGCGUCGAACACUCAAAACAAAAUACUCGCUAUCAAUUCAGGAAUUUUAAUCUCCGGCGCAUCUUUCAUAAUAAUUUUGGCAGUAUACAACCUUUUAAUAGAUUGGGUUCUCACUAUCGCAAAUGUCUCACAGAUAACAACCGAGAAUUCAAAUUCGCUAUUACGUUCAACAAAAUUAACAGUUUAUGAACGGUACUCUAUAAACAUUAUAAAGUUUCUUCUCCCGGCAUUUUCAUUACUCGCUGUAAUAGGAUCAAUAAAAGAAUUCGAUUCAAAUACACUGGUAUCUCCGGAACAUUCAUUAGCAAAAGGAGACAUUAUGAUAAAAGUUUCAACGAUAUGUUUUCUGACCAGCAUGGUUUUUUAUAUGAUUCUUAUCACAUAUUUCGCAUUGAAAUAUAGCAAUAAACCUUUACAAUCACAAUUAAAGGUUUUGGUUUUAUAUAUAGUUGGAGCCUUAUUAUUGAUUGGAUUAAUUUACAGAACUUUUAUAAUUUUCGCUCCAUCUACCGAUAAAAUCAAUAAAAUCAAUAAAUAUAGUUGGAUCUUUUAUGUAUUCGAGUCUCUUCCGGAGGUUUUGAUUUUGAUUAUCUUGGGAGGUGUUAUAUUGGGUGAAUGGUUUUUUGAGGAAGACAAUAUAGAAUUGACAAACAUUAAAACUGUGUCGAUUGGUUCAGUCAUGGAUAGGAAUGGGAAUGCAAGCGCGAAUGUUUGA